CACGCCCCGAUCUGGAUUGACCCACUCCCCACGCAGCACGCGGCGCCAUGCCCCCCCAGUUCCCCACCGCCCUCCUCACCAGGCAGCUCCCGCACCGCCUCCUCCCUCGCCCCCUCGCGUCCUUGCCCCCCUCCUCCACUCGCGCUCUCCGCCUCUCUCCGCUUCCUGCCCGCCGCCGCCCGAUUCGACGCCCGCCGCUCCGCGGCAUGGCCUCCUCCGCCGUUGGGACGGGCGGCGGCGGAGAGGGCGCGAGGCGGCUCACGCUGGAGGAGCUCGCGUGGGACCACUCCUUCGUCCGCGAGCUGCCCGGCGACCCGCGAUCCGACGCCAUCCCGCGGGAGGUCUUGCACGCUUGUUACACCAAGGUGUCUCCCUCGGCCAAAGUGGAGAAUCCUAAGCUCGUGGCGUGGUGCGACUCCGUGGCUGACCUGCUCCAUCUGGAUCACAAAGAUCUUGACAGUGGUGGCUUGUUGCAUAUAUUUGCACGCUUUGUUGGGGAGCACUUGUAUAGGUUUGAAAGACCUGAUUUUCCUCAGUUGUUCUCUGGAGCAACUCCGCUAGUGGGAAGUUUGCCCUACGCCCAGUGUUACGGAGGACAUCAGUUUGGUGUAUGGGCUGGUCAAUUGGGGGAUGGAAGAGCAAUAACUCUUGGAGAGGUUGUCAACUCUCGAGGUGAGAGGUGGGAGUUGCAGCUCAAGGGUUGUGGAAAGACUCCGUACAGCCGAUUCGCGGAUGGUCUUGCUGUCCUACGGAGCAGCAUCCGUGAAUUCUUAUGCAGCGAAGCUAUGCACAGUCUAGGCAUUCCUACAACUCGUGCCCUUUGUCUAGUUGAAACCGGAAAAUCUGUUGUCAGAGAUAUGUUCUAUGAUGGCAAUGCAAAGGAAGAGCCAGGCGCAAUUGUUUGUCGUGUAGCACCAUCUUUUUUACGUUUUGGUUCAUACCAGAUACAUGCUACAAGGGGCAAAGAGGACCUUGAAAUUAUUCGCCGUUUGGCAGACUACACAAUACUCCAUCACUACCCACAUCUUGAAAAUAUGAAAAAGAGUGAAGGUUUGUCAUUCGAGGCAGCUAUAGGGGACUCUCCAGCAAUAGAUCUUACUUCCAACAAAUAUGCAGCCUGGGCAGUUGAGGUCGCCGAUCGCACUGCUUACUUGAUAGCCAGAUGGCAAGGUGUUGGCUUCACCCAUGGUGUACUCAACACUGACAACAUGAGUGUGCUGGGCCUAACGAUUGAUUAUGGACCCUUUGGCUUCCUGGAUGCCUUUGAUCCUAGCUUUACUCCAAAUACUACUGAUCUUCCUGGGAGGAGAUACUGUUUUGCAAAUCAACCUGAUGUUAGCUUGUGGAAUAUUGCACAGUUUACUGGAGCACUGUCGUCUGCUGAACUUAUCAGCCAAGAUGAGGCAAAUUAUGUUAUGGAGAGGUAUGGGACAAAGUUCAUGGAUGAGUAUCAAUCUAUCAUGACCAGAAAACUUGGCCUAGCCAAGUAUAAUAAGCAGCUAAUUAGUAAGCUGCUUAACAACUUGGCUGUUGAUAAGGUUGACUAUACCAACUUUUUCCGUCUUCUUUCGAAUGUCAAAGCGGAUCGUGACAUUCCAGAGAAUGAGCUACUUGUUCCACUAAAGGCUGCACUCCUGGAUAUUGGGAAAGAAAGAAAGGAAGCAUGGAUUAGUUGGGUACGGACUUAUAUUGAAGAGCUGGUGGAGAGCGGUGUUCCUGAUGAAGAAAGGAAAGCUGCAAUGAACUCUGUCAAUCCGAAGUAUAUUCUUCGCAACUAUCUAUGCCAGUCUGCGAUUGACGUAGCCGAGCAAGGUGAUUAUGAGGAGGUUCGCCGGCUGCUGAAAGUAAUGCAACAUCCAUACGAUGAGCAGCCGGGAAUGGAGAAAUACGCACGGUUGCCCCCAGCCUGGGCAUACAGACCUGGAGUGUGCAUGCUGUCCUGCUCUUCAUGAACGCAGCGUCCAGCAAGCCGUGACCAUUACCAAAUGGCACGUGGUUGGUCUUUUUGUUAUACUAGUUGAAUGACCGUGCUAUGUAACAGGAGUCAAAACUUUACACAUAAUAACAUGUUGACUCCUAUCCGUUGCUCCA